AUGUCUUUCCCGGCGGAAAUCUAUCCAGCCAAGAUGGGCCAUGCCCUCCCCCCGGAAGAUCAUGCCCACCACGAUGAUGGUCCUUCGUAUCGACAUGCAGCAAUCAGAGAGCUCUUCGAAGAAAGUGGCAUUCUACUUGCUACAGACCAAGCCUCUGGGAAGAUGCUUGUAGUCGACGAAGCAACACGGGAGAAAGGCCGACGCCUUAUUCAUCAAAACCAAGUUACUUUUGGCGACUGGCUAAGGCAGCAGAAUGCAGCAGCUGAGCCUGAUAUAGACCCGUUGAUUCCGUUCACGCAUUGGAUUACCCCAAUUCAUAACCCCAAGCGCUAUACAACCCAGAUGUACCUGUAUUUUAUGCCACUUCCUGUCAAUUUAGACAAGAAAUUGCUGGAAGGUCUCCCUACUGAGGGCGAGCGGGAUGAGAUCCAAGUUCCGACCAGCGAUGGUGGCGUUGAAGUCACCGAGGCCCAAUUUCUCCCAGCUGCUGCAUGGCUUGACCGUGCACAGAAAGGAGAAAUCAUUCUCUUCCCUCCGCAGUUUUUACUUCUACAUUUGGUAUCGGGAUUUCUUGAUCAGAAUCCUCAUUCGACUGUCUCCAAUGAAGAAAUGGAGAAACGCCGGGCGGCACUGAUCGAAUUUGUACAUUCGGGCUCUCCCCCAUGGACGGACAAGUAUAUUUCACCCAAGAUGCUGAAAGCGACCGAGGAUGGCCGGGUGGUUCUGGCUUUAGAUGAUGCCGGGCCCGAACUGAAGGGCUCCGACAAGCGAGGCGAGUCUGAUCGAGUUGUCCUUGUACGAUUCACAAAGGGAAGUGCGAGAGAAGUGACUGUGGCAUGGAAGAAAGAUGCCCUGCGUGAAGGAAAAGAAGGUCGGAGCAGUCUCUAG